AUGACUUUGAAUGAGGUUGUUCAGGUAGCCCUGAAGAAAGUUCGUGUCGAUAGCAAAAUGAGCGCUCAAAUGGGAAUUUCUGACUCUGCCCUUCGAGAAAUCGUUCUGCUAAAGAAAUUGAGGCACGAGAACAUCGUGGAACUGAAGGAGGUGGCAGUGUCACGAGACCCCCAGGGAAUGUUCCUUGUCAUGGAGUAUUGUGAGCAGGACCUCGCAAAGCUUCUUGAUGAAAUGGUGCAUCCCUUUACGGAACCACAAGUGAAAUGUCUCAUGCAGCAGUUAUUCAGAGCGCUCAACUACAUGCACAGCCAUUAUGUGCUUCAUCGGGACCUGAAGGUAUCAAAUCUGCUCCUUACCAGUCACGGUAUACUGAAGGUUGCCGAUUUCGGACUGGCAAGAGUCUUCGGUGAUCCUGACAUGAGUAUGACUCCGCGAGUAAUAACUCUGUGGUAUCGAUGCCCUGAACUGCUUUUUGGCAGUAAAACUCAAACGGCUGGUAUAGAUCAGUGGGCAGCCGGUUGUAUCUUGGGCGAACUCCUUCUUCAUCGACCUCUUUUGCCAGGAAAAAGUGACAUGGAACAGAAUCUUACCCGACGAGAUUAA